AUGGAAUUAGAAUAAAUUAAAAAAUAAAUAAAGGGACUUUAGCCUUAGGUUUAUUAAGGCUUAGAUUAAGUUUUUUACCAACUAAAUUUAGAUAGCAGAUAUGAAUAGCUAACUUAUUUUUUGAACAAUAAGGAUAAAGUUAUUCUUUUAGGAAGUAAUAAAAUUCAAAGCAUAAAGGUAGCUUUAGAAUUUUCUAAAUUAAAUACUUAAACUGAAAUGUGCAAUAAAUUUAAGAAACAAGAUAAAACGAUUCAAAAAUUUUAAAAUUUACCAAUAAAUGAAUCUUUUUUUGUUAAAGAUUUUAAGCUAGUAGAAUACUAAUUAGGUGAAUAUGAAUUCUCUUAAAGUGAAGUAAAGAGCGAAUUUAUUAAUUUAGUUAACAGGUUAAAAAUAGAGUGUUGUGAUAAUAAGGAUAGAUAAUCCAUUUUAUAAAUAACUCCAAUAUUAAAAACUACUAACUUAAAGAAACUAACUACAGUUUUCCAAACUGUAAAAAACUUUGAGUUUAUAGACAAGAUUUAUGCAGAAAUUUCUAAAGUUUUAUCUUUGACUCAUUUAGACUUUAUCCUUUAUUAGAGUGAAGUAAAUUUACAAAUAAUUUUAGAACGCAUAGCAUCUUUGCUACUUUUAGAAGAUUUAGGCAUUAAUUUGAGCUCAGUAAAUGUUUCUUCUAAAAGUUUAUAUGACUUUAUAUAAGGAUUAUAAGGUUUAGAAAGAUUAAAAUCUUUUAAGAUAUAUCUAGAUGAUAUAGAUUUAAAUCAAAAUGAAAAUGGAGAUGAUAGAUUAUACUUUUUAAACAGUUUAAGUAAACUAAAACACUUAGAAAAUUUAGAAAUUAAACUUUUUUCCUUUAAAUUAAUCCCUGAAAAUUAUGAAUCUUUUAGUAAUCUAAUUUUAGAUCAUAGUAAACUAUAGUCCUUAAAAUUGAAUCUUUAUGGAAACUAAAUAGGCUGCUCAGGUAUAAAAAAUAUAUCACAAGGAAUUUCAAAAUUAUAAAAUCUUAAAAGAUUAGAUUUGACAUUUUGUUAUGGUGAAAUAAAUGAUGAAGGAAUUAUUAUUCUAGGCAAUAGUGUUUCUUAAUGCCUACAGAUAUAAUAUAUCUAUUUAUAACUUUCAUAAAACUAAAUAGGAAAUGACGGUUUUAUCUAAUUUGGAGAAAAGAUAAGCAAUUUAAAAAAUUUAACAGAAUUCGAAAUAUUUUCUUCAGUAAAUUAAAUUUCCUCUUAAGGGUUAACUUUAUUCACUCAAUCAAUAAUGAAGUGUCCUAAUCUCAUUAAUUUCGUUUUCUGUUCAACAUUUAAUAAUUUUAGAGUAUAAGCCAUUCAAUAAUCUCUUGAAACAAUUUUAAAAAAUAAAAAAUUAAUUAAAGUUUAUCUUGAUUUUAGUAAUGUCACUGAAGAAUAAUAUGAUUCAGCUCCUUUAAAAGGUGCUUUAAAAAAGAUGUUCUUAAAUAAAUAUUGCAUAGAAGCUGAAAUUUAUUUAUGA